UCUGUGGUCCUGCGUUGUGAGCUGUGUGCACUUGUGCAGCAGCUGAGUAGAUCGGGAGGAGGAGGAGGUGGAGCUGAGGCUGCUUGCUCAUCACUCCUAGUCAUUUCUUUAUCUACUUCACGCAUCCUAUUCUACAAUAGCUUGGAGGGGUCCGGGGCCUGGCAAUGGAUACACAAAAAGAAGCUCUGCAGAGGAUCAUCACAACGCUUGCCAACAAAAAUGAUGAAAUACAGAACUUUAUCGACACAUUAAGCCAUGUACUAAAAGGCGUGCAGGGAAAUUCAACCAAGGUUUUGUCUGACCUAGAGGAAGAGUUUGAUGGCCUUUACUCUGUGCUAGAUGAGAUGAAAGAGAGCAUGACUAAUAGAAUAAAGCAGGAACAAGCACACAAAACCCAGGAGUUACAGAAUCAGCUGUCCCAGUGUACGAAUGCCCUGGAGAGCUCAGAGGAGCUAUUAGAAUUUGCUUCACGGACCAUGGACAUAAAGGAGCCUGAGGAAUUUACCAAGGCUGCCAGACAGAUCAAGGAUAGGGUUACAAUGGCUGCAGCUUUUCGUCUAUCACUGAAACCAAAAGUCAGUGACAACAUGACAUAUUUAAUGGUGGAUUUUUCCCAGGAAAGGCAAAUGAUCCAGGGCCUAAAAUUCUUACCAGUGCCUAAAGCACCAGAGAUUGACCCAGCAGACUGUAUAGUGGCUGACAAUUGUGUGACAGUGUCAUGGCGAAUGCCUGAAGAAGAUAACAAAAUUGACCAUUACGUUCUGGAAUAUAGGAAAACAAACUACGAUGGACUUCCAAGAGUUAAAGAUGAGAGGUGCUGGGAAACCAUAGAUAAUAUAAAGGGCGCAGAGCAUACACUUUCUGGUUUGAAGUUUGACUCUAAAUACAUGAACUUUAGAGUACGAGCAUGCAACAAAGCUGUAGCAGGGGAAUACUCAGACCCAGUCACACUGGAAACCAAAGCACUAAUCUUUGGCCUUGACAACACAUCAUCCCAUCUGAACCUGAAGGUGGAAGACUCAUAUGUAGAAUGGGAUCCUCUGGCUGGUAAAACUCAAGAAAGCAAAGUGAAAGGAAAGGAGAACAAAGGCAGUGGCCAUGUUACGUUGAAGAACAGUCCCAGAAGUGCAACACCAUCCCCGAAAAGAACUUCUGUCACUUCUAGGCCCCCUGUGAGCAGGGGCAGCAGAGACCGAUUUAUAGGAGAAUCUUACACAGUUUUGGGUGAUACAACAAUUGAAAGUGGACAGCAUUAUUGGGAAGUAAAAGCUCAGAAAGACUGCAAAUCCUACAGUGUUGGCGUCACAUAUAAGACAAUUGGCAAGUUUGACCAGCUAGGGAAGACUAAUACAAGCUGGUGCUUACACGUGAACAACUGGCUACAGGCAACAUUUGCUGCAAAGCACAACAACAAGGCCAAAGCCUUGGAAGUAUCCGUACCCGAUAAAAUAGGUGUAUACUGUGACUUCGAUGGAGGUCAACUUUCAUUUUACAAUGCCAGCACGAAGCAAUUACUUCAUAGCUUUAAAACAAAAUUUACACAGCCAGUUGUUCCUGCAUUUAUGGCAUGGUGUGGUGGGAUCACACUGUACACAGGAUUACAGGUUCCAAGUGCCGUCAGAACUCUUCAGAAGGCUGAAAACGGAUUGAGCGGCUCAUCUAGUAGUUUAACCAGCAAUGUCCAAUAACAUGACCCUUUUAACCAACAGGAUGGAAAGUUUGCUCUGAUCAGAGUGGAUUGUUAGAUUUUUUUUCUAUUACUAUUUUAUUUAGUAACAUUACGGUUGCUGUUCACCAAAAUUAGGAGCAAACUGAUCAUUUGGGUUGUUGACCCGCUGCUCUGACGCUUGCAGUAUCUUUGGUGACUGACCAUGUGCUGCUCAGAUCCAAUGUUAGCAUCUGCUGCAAAUGUUCCAACAAGAGACGGAGUGACUAGGAACUAGGCAGACAGAAAAGGAACAAUUGUCAUGUGCGUAGGUUGUUUUUAUAACCAUGGAUGCAGCUUUGAGUUUAUUUUUAACUUUUCCACAUCACCUCUGUACUUCUUAGGUGGAAGCCAGUGUUCUGUUCAGCUAUUGUGGUUUAAAAAAAGAUUUUGUUGCUUAUUUUUUGCUACAAUGUAAAUAUCCCCAGACAAUGCCAUGAUGUGUUUUUAUGAUACAGUGUAUGCAAGUCUCUGAAGUGAUGUUGGGCAUAGGAUCAGGUGCUUAUCUUACAAGAAAUGCUGUACAAUGCCUUGUUC